AAGUUAUCAUUUGUGUGUUUUUUACUUUCUAGCUUACUUUUUACUCACCCGGCUAGGUUUUCCUAACCCGAGCAGCCACGUAUUUAUUUAUUCUAUGAAAUUUACACCAUCAUACUCUAUAUCAAAAUCUGACACUCAUGGACAUUGCAUUUUUCAUCAUCUGAUUUGAUUGAUUUCAAUUUUAAUUUAUUAAGUGUCGACCUUGCUGACCCGGGUUGGAUAGACCCGGAAUCCCCGGAUAGUGAAAGAAGGGAAAGCCCUCCUCCCUCAGCAGCCCACCCCGAACGGAAUCUCAGAACCUCACUAGAAACCUCUCUCUCUCUCUCUCUCUCUCUCUCUCUCCGUGAAACUGUAACUGCAACAAAAAGAACUCUGCCAUGGCAUUUCCUUACAUGGAAUCGGUCGUUGGUUUUAUGAUAUUCAUGUACUUUUUUGAAACUUACCUCAAUAUAAGGCAGCAUGCCGCUCUUAAGGUCCCAACACUUCCUAAACCUUUGGUAGGGGUAAUAAGUCAAGAAAAGUUUGAGAAGGCCCAAGCUUAUAGUCUUGAUAAAAGCUAUUUUCACUUUUUCCAUGAGUAUAUCAGCAUACUUAUGGACUCAAUAAUUCUGUUGUGUGGGAUCUUACCUUGGUUCUGGAAGAAAUCAGGAGAUGCCUUGGUGUUCUUUGGUCUUAACACAGAAAAUGAGAUACUGCACACACUUGCGUUUUUAGCUGGUGUAAUGGUUUGGUCACAGAUCACGGACUUGCCGUUUACUUUGUACUCGACAUUUGUGAUUGAGGCUCGCCAUGGUUUCAACAAGCAAACGAUAGGGCUAUUCAUCAAGGACAUGAUCAAAAGUAUUAUAUUAUCUGUUGUGAUUGGCCCACCUAUUGUGGCUGCAAUCAUUUUGAUAGUACAGAAAGGAGGUCCUUACUUGGCGAUAUAUCUGUGGGGAUUCAUGCUUGUACUAUCUCUUGUGAUGAUGACAAUUUACCCUAUCCUGAUUGCCCCACUUUUCAACAAGUUUACCCCACUUCCUGAUGGCGAGCUUAGAGAAAAAAUUGAAAAACUUGCUUCCUCACUCAAAUUCCCCUUAAAGAAGUUGUUUGUUGUUGAUGGAUCUACAAGGUCUAGCCAUAGCAAUGCAUACAUGUAUGGAUUCUUCAAGAACAAACGGAUUGUCCUUUAUGAUACAUUGAUUCAGCAGUGCAAGAAUGAUGAGGAGAUCGUUGCCGUGCUUGCACAUGAAUUAGGUCACUGGAAACUAAACCAUACAAUGUACACCUUCAUUGCUGUCCAGAUCCUCACAUUUUUGCAGUUUGGAGGGUAUACACUUGUUAAGAAUUCAAAAGACAUGUUUUUGAGUUUUGGCUUUGAUACUCAACCUGUUCUUAUUGGGCUCAUAAUUUUCCAGCACACUGUGAUUCCUCUGCAGCACCUCGUGAAUUUCGGGCUUAAUCUUGUCAGCCGAGCUUUUGAAUUUCAGGCCGAUGCUUUUGCUAAGAAACUUGGGUAUGCUUCGCAUCUUCGUGCUGCUCUCGUAAAAUUACAGGAGGAAAAUUCGUCAGCCAUGAACACCGAUCCUUGGUACUCUGCUUACCACCAUUCUCACCCUCCCCUAGUUGAAAGGCUGGCUGCAAUUGAUGAACCUGAUAAAAAGACAGAGUGAUGAUCCCUUCCUUGUUCACAGGCAACCCUCAAACUCCCCCAAAUCCCUACUACCCCUACCCCCAAACUCACACACAUAUGCUAUAGUCCACUGCUUAGGAGGUUGGGAAGUGGUUUUUUGAACUCUAAGCGAUAACUUUUCUCUAUGUGGUCAUAGGUUGACAAAGUGAACUUGUGUAAAAUGUGACUACAUUGUUAGUUCAUAUUCCUAUAUUUUUUCCCUAUUAAAUUAGUUGUCCUAAAAAAAGAGAUAGUUAUCCUAUUUUGUUUUCACAGAUAUUACCAAGGUUGAUAUUGAAGAAGUGAAAAUAACUUGUUUGAAUUUAU